AUGCUGGGUGAACAGUGCAGAUUGUCAUUGGUCAGCUGGUCAUUCCACUCGAUCGUCACUAGAUAUAUCAUUUCUCAUGGUCUAUGUAUAUCAGAGGAGGAGUUGAUAAUGAUGACAGAGAAGCUCGUAAACAGUGGACUUGAAUGGGGGUCCAAGUACUCCAUCAUCCCGACACAGGGCAUACUCACCCGCUUGCACUUCAUUGAUAGAGGCCAUUACUUUGACUCGUAUAUGGUCGAGAAGGAUUCCCCUAGUCGCAAGGUCAUCUCGUUGCUAUCUCCUCUGGUGUCCAACGUCCAGACACUUUGGUGCACAACCAUCGAGAUGGCCGAUGUCCUCAUUCGGCGUGCUAACGCAUCGCCCUCCCACCUCACCCUAUUAGAAGAAGGCGCCAUCACUCUAGACUUGGGACACUAUGACCAAGAGAGCUGGAGGGCGUAUGAGACGGGAGGUGAGGCGUUGGCUCACUUUAAGGAGACGCACGGCAUUUACGAUGAUGAUGAAGAUGAACCAUCUCUUCUAGCCGACUUCAUCAUGGAGAAAGAGGACAACGACGAACUUGAUGAACUGCUGAUGUACCAUCUUUCAAAGAAGCGAUGUCUGCGGCACCUCUCAAUCAUCUCAAUCGAUGUCAGCCGCCACUAUCACGACGAUGGCCGCAAGCCUAACGGUCAUGGCUUGUUCACAUGUUUGUUCACGCCUGCUUUCGACACGAUCACAUCGCUUCACCUGGUUGGUCGUAGCUCAAACAAUGUCACACCUCAUAUCUCAAACUAUUUUGAAAAGCAUAACCAGCAGUUCUUUGUUGGUCUCGCUGCCCUGACCAACCUAACCAAGUUGUAUCUCAACCUUGCGCUUUCAGAACCAAUUCCCCAGUUUGAAGUCCAUCUCGCCAACUACUUGAGGACCAAUCGGCGUUUGGAACUCUUUGCGCUGGCAGGCUCGGCAACUCUUGGCAGGACACCCGAGGCACUAAUGUACUUGUUUCAGGACGCUUCAUCGUCAGUCAAACAUGUGUCAAUAGGAUAUUGGCUGGCACUCGGCUCAACAUUGGUUCCACUAACCAACAAGCUUAUGACGCUUGACGUAGCCUUUGAUUUUUAUAAUUACUACAACCAUUCCUUCCAAUCUUGGAUAGAAGUCCUGGAAGAAUCGUUCAAGGCCAAUGCAUUGUCAUACAACCAAGACAAUGAUACCCACAUUUGGGAUGUGUCCAGAUGCGAAACUCUGCUUUGA